CGCAUGGCAACAGGAUCAGAGCCUGGGGGUUGUCUGCUUCUAGCUCUGCUGCUCCCAUUUUACAUCGCAUUUCCUCACUAGAUGGUGUGCGAGCCACCGGAGAGUGCGCUUCCCCGCAAAGUGGGCUCCUCCGCAUCCAGUCAGAAGCACGAACGUGGGGAAACAGUACGGCACACCACUUCGUCCACGGGCUCCGAAGAAGGGGGGGGGGGAAGUGUGGAAAUAAAGGCUUUGGGGUUUUUAUUAUUUUCCUCUCUCUCUCUCCCUCUCUCUCUGGCGCGCGCGCUUGGGUUCGGAGAAGACUCGGGACAAACGACAACACGCAACCCGGCUGUGAUGGACAUCAUGACUGCGGUGCAGGAUGCUUGUGUGUCCGGUCAGUGGCUGACUGCGAUCAUUCUGAGUCUGUGCUGCUUGCUGCCGUCCUGUCUGCCCGCCGGACAAACUGUGGACUAUUCGUCGGUGGAGAAUGUGGUUAGCAGACAAGGAGACACGGCUCUGCUGAGGUGCUACCUGCUGGAUGGCAUCUCAAAAGGAGCCUGGUUGAAUCGCUCAAGCAUCAUAUUCGCAGGGAAUGACAAGUGGUCUGUUGAUCCACGGGUGUCUAUCGUGUCCAACAUUGGAGAUAAUCAUGAGUACAGCCUUCAGAUACAAAAGGUGGAUGUAACCGACGAUGGCCAGUACACAUGCUCCAUUCAGAGUGAGCGCAACCCACGGCCAAGCUCCUCAACCUUAUCGUCAAAGGUCAUUUCCAAGUAG